GUGAAACCAAGGAAAGGCUUUGCUAAAAUAACCAACCUGAGUGAACUUUUUUCGUAUCCCUAACCAAAACCCUAGCUUGGUCAUCGUUUUGUGUCCCUCCAAUCUCGAUCUAAAAAGCUAAGCAGUGAAAAUGUACGGAGCCGACAGUGUCAACGACGAUGAUUCAGAGCGAACCGCUUUCAGGAAAGCAGAGAAGAAAUACAGACUGUAUUACGAUCACAGCACCAAAUCUUCCAAAAGGAAAAAGCAACCAAGACCAGUAGAUUUAUCGGAGGUUAUUGAUUUCAAGUCCGUUCUAGAUUCCUUUAAUCGAAACAAUGAACUUCCUCCUGGAAUUUCUGUGCUUCAACGCGAUUUUAAUCAGCCUGUUUUCUGUUUGGAGAACCGCCCUGGAUUUUAUUUCAUCCCUGGGGUGUUAAGUAUUGAGGAACAAUGCCAAUGGAUAAAGGAGAGCUUAACAAGCUUCCCGCAGCCUCCUAAUAGAACAAAUCACAAUGCAAUUUAUGGGCCAAUACAUGACUUAUUCAUUGCAGCCAAAGAAAGAAAAGUUUUUGUUGAAGAGGAGAGUUUGUCCACAGGUUUGGAUUGCAAUUCUAAUUUUCCUUCUGGAGACGUAAAUGCCUCUAGAUGGAAAUUUUCCGAGGGAUCUGAUGUGUUGUCAAGAGGAGACACACGCAAAUCAGUAUCGGCAACUGUUUUGCUGCGGAAGCUAAGGUGGAGUACCCUUGGCCUACAAUUUGAGUGGUCUAAGCGAAACUAUGAUGUUUCCCUCCCACACAACAAGAUCCCUCAUGGACUUUGUCAACUGGCUAAAAAAAUGGCAGCACCUGCAAUGCCAUUGGGGGAAGAAUUUCAGCCAGAAGCUGCAAUAGUGAAUUACUUCGGGCUAGGUGAUACGCUUGGGGGUCACCUUGAUGACAUGGAAGCAGAUUGGAGUAAACCUAUUGUAAGCAUGAGUUUGGGCUGCAAAGCCAUAUUCCUUCUUGGAGGGAAGUCCAGACAGGAUACACCAUUUGCAAUUUUCCUUCGAAGUGGUGAUGUUGUCCUUAUGGCUGGAGAAGCAAGGGAAUGCUUUCAUGGUGUCCCCCGGAUCUUCACAGAUGAAGAAAAUGCUGAGAUCAUCCAUCUCGAGCAGCAGUUCUCAUGUGAAGAUGAUCUUUGUUUUUUAGAAUACAUUAGAAAUUCUAGAAUCAACAUCAAUAUCAGACAAGUUUUUUGAGUUUUUUCUUUCACAUUCAGUUUCAAAAUUUGUUCUUACAAUGAAUCCAAAAUUUUAAAAUAAAAUAUUCUUGAUAAACCUAUGCCAUUUUCAGCAAUACUGUUCACAACUGAGCAGCACAUUAGCCUGAGAACAUUGGCUGCAUGUUACAGAUUGGUUAACUGACACUUCUUAACAGCGAAAGACCGGAAUGGAAAAGCGUGGCAAGGGUUUCGGGGAAGUCCAUACACAGGUAAUUACUUUGCUCUGGGCAAGUAAAAAUCCAUGAUUAGCGUCGAAUUCAGUACAUGAUUAUUAAGAAUUGGCAUGUAUGGGAGAAGCUGACUUCAUUGUUGAUGAUACAUGAGUCAUGGAUUGUCCAUAAUUCAAAGCUCAAACACUCGGCUGUAAUUGCUAUAUAAUGUAAAAACAUGCCAAUUGAAGUCCAUACCAAGGAGAGAGGGAAUGCCAAUUUAAAAACUUGAUUUUGAGUUUCCAUUUGAGCAGCACAUUUUUUAUUUGCGAUAGCCGGGGUGUCCAGGGCUUUGCCCCGACUCAUCCACGGGACUUGUGUAAGGCGAUCCCUCACACGAAUUGGGUAAAAUUCAGACUAUGUUCGCGGUCGUGGUUUCAAGGAAUUGUUCGCACCUAAUGGGAAUCAAACUUGAGACCUGAAGCUUAAUAUCCUAUACUCUUGGCCCCAAAGUUCAAUCUCGUCACUAAACUAGUAGAUAAGGAUCUCAUCCGCACCAAUGGCAUUAGAGCAACGUGAAGGAGGCUCCAGGUCCCAAGCCCUGAAGGAGGCUCCAGGCCCCAAGCCUUUUCCACUAGGCCAUCCUUGCGGUUUUGAGUAGGCACAUUACUUAUGCUUUAUACGGUUUUGAGUAGUUUUGUUUAUCCCUAGUCACAUAUAAUUUGGAUCCUUGGCCAUUAACAAAAAGCUUGUGUGUUGAUAGAAUUACCAUGACAACCUAGCAAAAGAAAAAUCUCUCCAGAUUAGCUACAUGUUGAAGCAAAAAAUAAAAAUAAAAAAAAAAACAAGAGAGAAAAAGAAAAAGAAAUGUUUGCAAUUAACAAAAAGCUUGUGUGUUAGUAGAAUAACCAUGACAAAACUAGCAAAGAAAAAUCUUUUCACAAUGGCUAUAUAUGUUUGAAGCAAAAGAACAAAAAAGAAA